CACGAUUAAACAUAUACGACAUUUUAUAAAUCAACCAACCAAUCAUGUUCUUCAUCAAAGAACUUUCACAUACAAUCAACUUGCAUCCUUCUUUUUUCGGUCCACGUACUCAAUCUUUCCUGGAAGAUAAACUAAAUAGAGAUGUAGAAGGAACUUGUACAGGAAGGUUUGGGUAUAUCAUUGCUGUUCUUUCUAUACGAUCAAUAUCAGCAGGAACGAUCCAACCAGGUACAGGAAUGGCCGAAUUCGUCAUCAAGUAUUCGGCGAUUGUAUUAAAACCUUUCAAAGGUGAAGUAGUAGAUGGGAUAGUAGGACAAGUGAACAAGAUGGGAUUCUUUGUAGAAGUUGGACCAUUACAAGCUUUUGUGUCUAGUCAUCUGAUUCCAUCUGAUUUAAGGUUCGAUCCCAAUGCAAAUCCUCCUUGUUUUUCAUCAGAUGAAGAUCAAGCAACAAUUGAAAAAGGAACUAGAAUUCGGUUAAAAAUUGUGGGAACACGUGUAGAUGCUACUGAAAUUUUUGCUAUUGGAACUAUUAAAGAAGAUUAUCUAGGUCCAAUCGAUUAAAUCUCUACCACUUUUCUCCCCAAUCUUUCCCAUCCGAAUACCUUCGAGCCUUCACCUAGCCACACCGCCACACCGCCUCACCGCCAAAAAAAGAGUCAAAACCUCUUACUCGUAUACCUCACAACGCUUUCUUCCCUGAAUUGAGAAAACUUGAACAAACUCGAUUUGUUACGAUCACCUGGUCUACGGAUGCCUAGGGUUGAGGUUCUUGAAGGGUUGGAUUCGUUCUAUUUCUUGCUCAACAUUCUCCAUACAAAUCAUCAUCACUGUAUGUAACGAAGUAGGGAGUAGGAAAGAUGAUCAAAAGAUGAAAAGGUUUGGAUUUUGUAAAAUUAUCUAUUUUCUCAAGGAAACAUAGAAACAAAACCGUUUUUCAAAUAAGAAACAGUGUCUUUUGUUUCUUUUUUUUGUAAUCUUAUUUAGAAAAAAAAUCUUUAUAGAAUGGUCACGAAUUGAUUAAAGUAAAUCAUAUUAUAUCUUGAUAGUCAUCUUUGGCUUGAUG